AUGAUCGAAGAAACGAAGGAUAAUCGCAGCUACUGGACCCCAGCCGCCGUUUGCCAGGCGAUUAUGGGACUUUGGCUCGCAGCGUCACAUCAACCAUGGGUGAAUCUGUAUAUCUUCAUCUACCAGCUUUGCACACAUCCAGAAUGGCAGGAUAUAAUCCGAGAUGAAUUCCGCGCAAACGGCAGUGGCAUGGACUUUGACAGCCUGGAAACCCUCCCUCUAUUGGACAGCUUCAUGCGCGAGAGCUCCAGAUUUCACUGCUUGGACAAGCUGAAUAUCCGCCGUAAGGCCAUGCGAGACUACACCUUCUCCGAUGGAUCAACAUUUGCCCCAAAAGGGUCGACCGUCUGCGUCUCCAACUACAAUGUGUCGCACGACCCCGAGAACUACCCGAACCCCGAUAUAUUUGAUGGCUUUCGCUUCGUGCGUGGGCGGUCCAAUGACCGGACUACUGGAUAUGCCGAUGUCUCCGAGAAGAAUCUCAUGUGGGGCUACGGCUCGCUAGCUUGCCCUGGCAGGGUGCAUGCGUCUUUCGUCAUUAAGUUUGUGUUAUGUUCGCUACUUCUUCGGUAUGAGAUGCGGCUUGAGCGGGAGGACAUGCGUAGUCACUGGACGUACGAAUCGUUUAGUAUGCCUUAUGGGUCAACAAAUGUUUUGUUGCAACCCCGGACUGAGAUUAACAGUCAAGUGUAA